GGCACAACAAAACCUGCCCGUCAUGGCUGAAGCCGCCAAUGUGCGUCAAAAUCUCCAGAAUGUGCCCUCGAUUUUUGAAAUUUCGGCCGCAGAGACACUAGAUAACCUUAUCUAUCCGGCCCUUAGCAAAGUCUUCGACUACUUUGGUCUUCGUUUGGACUUUAAGCUUUGGGGCAAUUUGCAUGUACGAGAAGAAGUAUCACCAAUUAUCACAUGGAUUCUACAGUAUUUGUAUUUGCGUAAGAGGGCCUCCUCUUUCGGAGAAAGCUUCUAUGGACUACAGCGCACGGCCACCGCCACCGGCGAGCUGCUGACCCGCCAACAGCAAUUCACUUCUGCAACUCUCCUGACUUUUCUGCCGUACAUAGAGCGCAAAUUGCGUUCUCGUAGUGCGCAGCAUGAGGAUACAUACGCCUGGGAAUCACAACUGAUUAAUUUAUUUCACGUUUAUAAUGCCUCGAAAGCAGUACACACAUUCCUGUAUCUGAUAAAGUAUGCGAAGAGCCACUCGCCGCUGUUUCGUGCUCUACGUCUCACGCUUCGCUAUCCCAGUGAGCCGCCCAAGGAGGACAAAUGGACGUACAUAUUCCUUAAGAUGCUCGAGGUGCUGGCAUUCUUCCUGCAGUUCAUACAGUGGUGGUACUCCAACGAUCAGCGUCGGAAGCUAGGCGGAACGCUACAGAACCCGCAGGCCAUGCCCGAGCGUGAGUUACCCAAGGAGCUGAAGGAAACGUUACCCAAGAAUGGAGAAUGUCCCGUUUGCCUGUUGCCAUUGCAAACGCCCACAGCUUGCGCUGUAUCUGGUUACGUCUACUGCUGGAAAUGCAUUGUUACACAUCUGAAGGAGCAGGGCACCUGUCCUGUGACCAGUUAUCCAAUCACCAUAGAGGAUUUAGUGCGCAUCUAUGAGACGUAACCAAGACAUAUGUAUAUAUAUUGUAUUUGUUUUGUAUUAAAGUGUUUUUCAUAUUUUAA